UGGUUCAAGGGUCUCCUUAAAAAUUUGUUCCACUGGAACAUGGCGCUUUAAUUGUUAUGGCAUUACAAUCAACAUGAUACUAAAUCCAUUUUGAUUGUUGUCGGAACCACUCGGCGUAGAGUGAGUUGGCAGCACUAGUUUCGAAUUGCGAGCUGCCUUUUGGGGGAAACUGACGUAGAAGACUGGAAUUUUCGUCAAAAUCAGUCAUCUCAAUCGCUUGAACAAGAUGUGGACCUCUCAUAUCACAAACUGUUGCGCGACGAGAAUGCAUUAGGCAACAAUUUCUCUAAAGCAACUUAAAUGGAACACAAUCAUCAUUGAGCUUAGUGUUUGCUCAUUGCUUUGCCGUGGCGGAGGAGAGCUGCACACGCUUUGAAAGUCAUGAAGGAAUUCGAGGAUAUCAUCGCUCUGGUAACCGGAGGCGGGACGUUUCAAAAACGCCUCCUGUACUGCAUCUUUGGACCCGUGUUCCUGAUGUUACCUCUUUCUUGGAUGAACGAGAUCUUUCUGCUCCAAGUUCCACCUCAUUGGUGUUCUCAUCCCAGUCAAGCGCAUUUGACGGGAUCCGACCUAGACGAGUGGAAAAAGUGCUUCUUGCCUGAGCAAAUACAACCCGACGGCGCCAUGGGCUUCGACAGUUGCGCCAUUCUCAUUCCCAAAGGCAUGUCUAACGAGACCUUUUGGACCAUGGACCAAUGGAACAAACAACUCUGUCCUGGGAAUAGCACUUUGGAGGAUUCCACAACAAUCUCGUGUUCUCGGGGCUGGAAAUACGAUAGGGCAGACUUUUCCGAAACGGCUCCUUCGCAAAACGACUGGGUUUGUGACAAGGCUGAGCAUGUUCCUAACCUGUUCACGAUUGGAACUAUGGGUGGUAUUUUCGGCAUGUUUCUCCUAGGGUAUUGUAGCGAUCGCUUCGGUCGGAAGAGCAUCUUCUUACUCACCACCAUUUUGGUGGUGAUUUCCGGUGUAAUCAAAACUUUUGUAUCUCAUAACUUCGUCGUCUAUGCCGCUCUGAAGACCGUAUCCGCCGCUUGUUACGUUGCAGUCUUCCAUCUUCCCUUCACAAUCAUCACUGAAAUCUCUCCUCCUGAGUAUCGGACAUGGGCCAUUGGCAUUUCAUGCAUCACGUGGACCGCUGGGUCGUGUCUUUUGCCGUUGGUUUCAUGGCUUCUUCGGGACUGGAUGCUCAUUGCAUUGGUCACUACCAUUCCUUUAGGGUUUCUGGUCUUGGGAUGGAACUUUGUUCCAGAAUCACCCAGAUGGGCCUUGACCAAGAACAAAGUGGAAAAGGCCAAAUUCACUCUGAGAGCGAUGGCGACAGUCAAUAAAACGGAAGUCCCAUCCAACAUGACAGAGAAGCUGACUUUGGUGGCCGAGAAAAUGCAAGCCGAGAAAUCAUACGGGUACAUCAGCCUUUUCUCCAAGCCCAACAUGGCUAAAAAGACCUUCUUCCUUGCUUGCGCCAAUGUUGGUAGCAAUUUCUUGUACUACUCUUUGAUGUUGAACGUGAGCAACAUGGCGGGCAAUACCUUUCUUAAUUUCUUUUUGCUCUCGGUUAUCGAAGGUCCAGCCAUUCUAUUGUGCAUGUGGAUGUUGGAAAACGUGGGACGUCGUUGGAGUCACGCUUUCAUCCUUUUCCUGAACUUUUUGUGUCUAGGCGUCAAUUCCUUCAUCGCAGCAACGCCAAGCUUGAACACCAUCGUCAUAGCGUUCUGCCUCAUCGCCAAGUUCAAUUGCACCAUCUCGUUCACCAUCAUCUACGUCCAAACCAUAGAGAUCUUCCCCACUUGCGUGAGGAAUACGGGCAUGGGUUUCACCACCCUUUUCGCUUCAAUCGUCAGCAUUUUUGGACCUCAUGUCAUUCACUUGGGUACGAUUGAUGCUCGGGUGCCCUACAUUAUUAUGGCGCUGAUCAGUUUCGUUGGCGCUUUUGCCGCUACAAUGUUACCGGAAACGAAAGGCGCGGAUCUGCCUGAAACCUUGGCGGAGGCAGAGGCCUUUGGCCAAGGCUUUGCCUAUUUGUCUUGGCGCGCCAAACCCCAGGCCAAUUUGGAGCCCCUUAAACUGGAAGAAUAGGAACAUCCUCUGGCUUGGUAUGAAUUCUUACCAAGGUUUCCAAUGGGGUGGCAAUUCAGUCAACAACCCCUGUUUGGCAAUGUCUAGAAGUUGAGGCUCGGUAUUUACGUCAAUGCCCAAACGAUGAGCGUAUUCUUGCACCUCUGUAAAAAGAAGGUAACAUUAUUGUCAUUUCUCAAUGGUUCCAAGUUCCGUCUAAAGUUUACUAUGAGUGCUCGCUAUUUCAUAUGGUUCCAUGUUCAAGAUAAUAAAUGAUAUUGUCACGUGA